AUGGCGGAUACCCCUUUUUCGUUCAACGUACCCUUGGGGGAUCGUCUGGAGCAGCUGGUCAACAGCGAGUACGGCGCGGACGUGUUCUUCAAGGUGGGUGAAGCCGGCGAGCCGAUGUUUGCGCACAAAAUAAUCAUCACAACGGCCAGCGAGGUGUUCUACGCCCAACUGAACGGAAAAUUUGAAGAGGCCACCAAGAACACCCGCACCGACCCGAUCGCGGUCAAGGACAUCAAUCCGACGAUCUUUCUGGAGAUUUUACGCUUCAUGUACUGCGAAAAGGUGAAUUUGAACGGCGACAAUCUCGUUGAGGUGAACUAUGCCGCUAAGAAGUACCUGCUGUCCAAGUUGGUCGAUAUUUGCGACAAAUUCAUCCAGGACAAGAUCAAGGAGGAAAAUGUGCUGAAGAUCUUCAACGACAACCGACGGUACGAGUUUGUCGACAUCAACACCAUCUGCCUCCGGGUGAUUUGCGACAACCCGUUGGAGUGUUUCGAUCAAAAGCAAUUUCUUGCCCUGGAGAUGGGCUCGCUGAAGUUGAUAGUGGAUAGCCCUGAAAUGAACUGCCACGAUGACCAGCUGGUUCUGGCAUGCGAAAAAUUGUUGAAGACAAACUCCAAUCGUCAGCGAAUUUCGAAGGAAUUUUCGCAGGUUAUGAAAGGACGAAACUGUCGAGAAUUACAUUGUCAAAAGUUGCAUGAUUUCUCCAAGUUCAGCUAUUCAGAUGCAGUUGUUACCGACAUAACAAUUGAGGUAUCCAAGCCGUUCAACCUAUACGGGUUUGGAGUCCUGAUCGGAACUGAAUCCACCGAUAUCCAGUCGCUCAAGCUGAACGUUGAAGUGAAGGUGGAAUUUGAUGAUGAGUGGGAAAACUGCUUCUCGACAGUGGUGGUCGUUCCAGUAAAGCAAGAAGAAGUGUACGUUUACGAGGUGGUGUUCAAGAAGAUCAUUAUGGAAGUGCACGGAAUGUAUCGGAUUGUGGUCAAGAUGGAAGAAGAUGAAGAACCGCUGGAGGAUAUGUUCCAUCUGAAUUUAUUUGAACCAGCUGGCACAGCUUGGAAGAAUUGGAUGGAGCUGUCCUAUACCGACGAAGAGGAUCAGAAUUGCUUGUCGUAUCUACUUGUUAACAAAUAA